AUGCCGUCCAGCUUCAAGGUCCUCACCGCCCUCCUAGCCACAGCGCUAGCCCGGCCCAGCCCGGCGCCCGCAGACGGCGACCCCGUCCGCAUCCUGCCGUGGAACUGGCUCUUCGAGAUCACCGCCCUCGAAGGCCCCGGCUGCCCGGACGUCGGCCCGGAGGGCUACGGCACGCGCCCCACAUACGGCUCUAACACCGUCGACGGCUCCGAGAUCUACUACUGGCACUUCGCCUACCCGGCCAUCAGCCUGAACGUGGACACCGAGAACCCGGAGGCGUCGAUCUGGUGCGAGACUACGCUCAAGUACACCGAGCUUUCCGAGACCAGCACCGAUCCCGCCGACCCGGCUGGGUACCGCCUCAAGUUGCACAAGAAUGGCACCGAGAUCAUUGCGAACUAUGACCUCGAGGAGGGUGUUGAGGCGACUUGGACGUUUACGUAUGACACCGACGGUGACGACAAGAUCGUCGACACCCUCACCGUCGCCGGCCCGCGCUCGUCUGACCAGGCCUUCUACGACAUCACCCCGCCCGCCGACAAGUUGGUGCAGUGGGCUCUGCCCGAGUGCGGCACAGGUGUCAUCAAGUACCGCACCGAGCUGUCCGUCAAGGCGACCAAGGAGGGCGCUAAGGGUACCGUCACGUCGGAUAAGGUGACGUGGCAGGGCCAGGAGGAGCACUACGGUGUUCAGCAGGGUGUGAGCUAUGAUUGGGAUUACUGUGAUGCUUGA